GUUUACAUCCUUGCGGGACCCUACGCGGUCGCCUCUCCUCCCCCCCACCCCCCCUUCCACUCGUGAUACUUGGACUCUACCUCUGUUUUGCUGGCCAAUCAACGAGUACUGUUGUUUGGUCUAAGCGGCUAUGUACGGAAAUGAUUGAUAAAGUGGCACGAACGCGGCGUCUCCCAAAGUUCGAGCCGUAGAAGAGGUCCUCCCGUCGGAAUAUGCGCCCUUCUGCUGGAUUAUUACCGGAGCCCCUUCAUGACCUACUACUGUUGGUGUGUGUUGUGGUGUGUGCUGGUGUGAGCUACAGCAGCGCGUCACGGCACCGACCGUUCGACGGUUGCCCAUGCUUGCCACGUCUGUGUCGCUCGAGCGUCUAGGGCUCUUCCCCGUUUACGACCACCUUCGAGGCUUCUGAUCCGCUGCUGCCAGUCGAAACAGGCUCUGCGGCGUGGUGGUGCAGCGGAAGCCCUGCCCAUGUAGCAGGCUCAUGGGUACCCGCGCCACGUUGCUGCUACUCGUCGUCGUCGCCGCCGCCUCCGUGGCCGCCGCCGACUGGUUGCAGCCGACGCUACGCAUGGCGGCACUCCAGAAGCGAGCAUCUGUGGACCUGGCACCAGAGAGCCAAUCACUCAGGGACCCUGGCCGAAAGAUCUGCGGCCGAAUCGAGGUGCGCAACCGCAUCAGCAGCCUGGUGUCCCAGCUGGGCAACUGCUCGGUGGUGGAGGGCUCCCUGAUGGUGAUGCUGACCCGCAGCGAGGAGCUCUGGGGCAACGUGAGCUUCCCUCAGCUCACGGAGAUCACGGGCUUCCUCUUCUUCUACCGGGCAGUCGGGCUGCAGUCCCUGGGGCGCCUCUUUCCCAACCUGGCUGUCAUACGGGGCAGCGAACUCUUCCACAACUAUGCCCUGGUGGUGUUCGAGAUGGAGUCUUUGGUGGAGCUGGGGUUGUCUCGGCUCACGGACAUCCGGCGGGGCGCGGUGCGCAUCGAGAAGAACCCCAACCUGUGCCACGCUGACACGGUGGACUGGGGACGCAUCGCGCCCCACGCGGUGGACGGACACUACAUCCAGGACAACAGGGACCCUGCCGAGUGCUCCCCGUGCCCGGACUACUGCCCCCAGGGCACGGGCGGCAGCCGGCUCUGCUGGAGCCGGGAGCGCUGCCAGAAGGUGUGUCCUCCGGGCUGCGACCGUAACCAGACGACGUGCGACGAUGAGCGGGGGGACCGGUGCUGCGACCCCAAGUGCUUGGGCGGCUGCGCCGGCUCCUCUGGCCGGGGCCUCUCCAUGUGCACGGCGUGCCUCCACUACACAUACGGCAACGGCUGCGUCACCACCUGCCCCCCGAGCACCUACGUGUACAUGGGCCACCGGUGCGUGGACGAGGCAUACUGCCGGCAGCGCAAGGCGGACGGCGGCGACUCCCAGUACCGGCACUACAUCCCCUUCAACGGUUCCUGCACCCUGGAGUGCCCCAGCAACUACGUCAGGGAUGACUACACCUGCAGGCCUUGCCAAGGACGCUGCCCUAAAAUCUGCUCCAGCCUCCUCGUGGACAGUGUGUCGUCUGCGCAGAGGGUCAAAGGCUGCACGUACAUCAACGGCUCUCUCGUGAUCCAGAUACGAGGAGGAGGCAACAUCAUGAAGGAACUGGAGGCAAACCUGGACAUGAUAGAAGAAAUCCGCGACUACCUGAAGGUGACGCGCUCCAACCAGCUCAUCUCCCUCAACUUUCUCAAGAGGCUGCGCGUCAUCCACGGCAAGGCCCUGGACCGACUACACUACUCCCUGGUUGUGCUGGACAACCAGAACCUGCAGCUGCUGUGGGACUGGUCGAGCCGGCCCAAGAACAGCAGCCUGACCCUGCUCAAGGGCAAGGUGUUCUUCCACAUCAACCCCAAGCUGUGCCUGACGCGCAUCAAGGAGCUGCACGAGCACGCCAAGGUGGCCAACUGGAGCGAGCAGGACGUCUCCCCGCUCACCAACGGCGACCGGGCCGCCUGUGAAGUUCACCGGAUCAACGCAACCCUGCAGAAAGUGGGCAACAAGAUUGCAGUGGUCAACUGGUCCCUUGAGUUUGAGAAGCAGAUCUACGACCGCAGGUCUCUCCUGGGCUAUGUGGUCUACUACCGCGAAGCGCCUUUCCAGAAUGUGACACUGUUUGACGGGCGGGACGCUUGCCAAGGAGACGUAUGGAAGACGGCCGACGCAGACCCCGGGGUGAACAUGCAGAUCAUUGCCCACCUGAAGCCCUUCACCCAGUACGCAGUGUACGUCAAGGCCUACACCCUGCCUACUGCCGAGCAGGGGGCCCAGAGCGACAUCACCUACUUCAAGACGCUACCCGCAGCCCCGAGCCAGCCACAGAACCUGAAGGUGACGCCGUCCAAGGACUCGAAGCUGAUGAUCAGCUGGGUGCCCCCCAAGUACCCCAACGGGGACGUGCGCUUCUACCGGGUGGUGGGCAUCGCCCAGCCCAGCGCCCCCUUGCACCACUACCUGGGGGAGAGCCGAGACUACUGCGUGGACCCGGCGCUCGGGAUUCGUGGGAAGUCGGAAGGGCGGGAGGGUUCGAGUCCCACGCCCGAGGUUCCGGACAGGCCGGUGCCGAAGGCCCCAGCGACGCCCAAGAACGGCGCCCCGGCGGAGGCGACCUGUGCCCCGUGCCCGGGACAGCGGGACCGGGAGCUGACCGAGGACGAAGCGGAGGAGCGGUCGAGCUUCGAGGACAAGGUCCACAACAUAGUCUUCCAGAAGAGGCCCAAGAAGGGUGCCGGAGGAGGCGACCACCGGCGGCGGCGGUCCUUUCGGGAGCGGGAGAGCGGGGAGGCGAGCAGCAAUGCGCUGGUGGCCACGGAGGGGCCCGUCCCCGUGGCGGUUUCCCCCGCCUCCUCCCCGGCCCCCCGGGGGGACCAGCUGUUGACGGAGGACCCCUGCGCCUCGCCGUCAAGCGGCAACGGUAGCGAGCACCACCACUUCUGUGGCUGGGUCGCCAACGAGACGCAGAUGCUGCAGGAAGGCCUGCACCACUUCACCGAGUACUCCAUACGAGUGCUGGCCUGCCACCAGAAGCUCAAGAGCAAGUACUACAGGGGGGACCCGUCGGAUUGCGACACAGACGCUGUCUUCAACGGGUCCGCCAUGUGCUGCAGCGUAGAGUCCAUCACGCGGAUACGCACCCUGCCGCUCGCGGAUGCGGACGACAUUGAUAGCUCGACGGUGCUGGUGCAGUACGAGAACACGACGGUGUCGGACAGCGUGGGGGCGGGGCUGCUGGUCAAGUGGGCCCCGCCCCCGGAUCCCAACGGCUUCAUCGUCUCCUACCAGGUCGAAUACAAGAUGGUCUCCCAGGAGAAGUUCAAGCCGUUCCAGUUUUGCGUGUCGCACCACGAGUUCUUCCGGCACGGCGGGCGGGUGAUCCACGGGCUGGCCCCGGGGAACUACUCCUUCCGUGUCAUGGCCUCCUCCCUGGCAGGGCCGGGCAACUGGACGCGCCCCGUUUACUUCGUCAUCCACGAGCGCUCUGAGGGCAUCACGCAGGGCACGGUGAUUGCCAUCUGCCUGGUGGUGGUGGUGAUGGUGCUCGCCUUCCUCGCCAUCACCUGCGUCCUCUACCAGAGAAAGAAGAGGAAUCCCGAAGUGCCCGGCGGCAUCUUGUACGCUUCCUUCAACCCGGAGUAUGUCAGCUCGGUGUACGAGCCGGACGAAUGGGAGGUUCCCCGGGAGUCCAUCAACUUGGUCAAGGCCCUGGGCCAGGGCUCCUUCGGCAUGGUCUACGAGGGGCUCAUCUACAACCUCAAGCCGGACAAGCCGGAGACCAAAUGCGCCGUCAAGACGGUGAACGAGAGUGCCUCCAUGCGUGAGCGAAUUGAGUUCCUGCAGGAGGCAGCUGUGAUGAAGGCAUUUAGCUGCCAACACGUUGUGAAGCUGCUUGGCGUCGUGUCAAAGGACCAGCCCGUGUAUGUGAUCAUGGAGCUCAUGUCAAACGGGGACCUCAAGAGCUACCUGCGCUCUCACAGGCCUCCCACCGAGGGGGAAGAGGACGACUCGAAGCCCCGGGGCCAGCCGCCCAGCCUGAAGCAGAUCCUGCAGAUGGCGGCAGAGAUUGCGGACGGCAUGGCCUACCUGACGGCCAGCAAGUUCGUGCACAGGGACCUGGCGGCUCGCAACUGCAUGGUGGCCGAGGACCUGACGGUCAAGAUCGGGGACUUCGGCAUGACGCGGGACAUCUACGAGACGGACUACUACCGCAAGGGGGGCAAGGGCCUGCUGCCCGUGCGGUGGAUGGCUCCGGAGUCCCUCAAGGACGGCAUCUUCACCAGCCACUCGGACGUCUGGUCCUAUGGAGUGGUGCUGUGGGAGAUGGCCACCCUGGCAUCUCAGCCCUACCAGGGGCUCUCCAAUGAGCAGGUGCUCAAGUAUGUCAUCAGCGGCGGCAUCAUGGAGAAGCCAGAGAACUGCCCGGAGAAGCUGUACCAGAUCAUGACGCUGUGCUGGGAGCGGAACCCUCGGCUGCGCCCCAACUUCGUCCAAGUGAUCGAGAUGCUGCUGAACGACGUGAACAGCCACUUCCGGGAGGUCUCCUUCUACCACACCUCAUACCUCAAGGGGCAAGAGCGCUCCGGAGCGCCCGGAGACCGCCCCUCCGCCCCGAGCGGCGCUGCGGGGGGCUCCCCCUCCGCCGGAGACGCGGAGGACGAAGAGGAGGACUCGACGGCGGAGACGCCCCUACGCCAGGCUCCGUCGGCGGGCUUCAACCCGGACUCGUCGUCUCUCAACGACAUGGACGACGACAGGCUGCAGCGGUGUUUCUCUGACUGCAUUGACGACGACGAAGAUGACGACGAGGACAUCUGCGUUGGGGACGUGUGCUGUGACGCGGUGGCGGCGGGGGGUGGCGCCGGCGCGCCGGGCGGCCGCCGCGGGUGCUCACCGCCAGGGACGCGCGAUGAGAAGCUGCCGUCGGACGGCAGCAAGGGGAGCAAGGUGAGCAACCUGUCCAACGGAAGCAUCAUCAACGGACGCAUGUGCUUCUCGCAGCAGGGCAGUCGGACUACCGCUUGCUAGCCCCGCUCCUCCUCCUUCUCUGUGCGCGACGACGGCCGUCGCAGACUCUCCUCUCACGCGGGGGCGCAUCUCCGCCGGGCGUCCAACUGCGGUUGCUCGGCGACCGAAGAACGCGCAGCCGUCGCAGUGCUGAGCUGCUGAGCUUCGCCGUGGUUCCCGGGGAGAGGGUGGAAAGCGAAACAGCUGGUGGCCUUAUUUCGUGGGGGGAAAGCGAGACGAGGGGCAAAGUUUGUCAAAAGGGCGCGUCGUCUUUUUUUUUAUUAUUCUCCGCGUCUUAGGGUGUGCGCGCCGCGACGGAGAACGACUGCGCCCUCCCGCAAAAGGCACAGAGCUGCUCAAAAGAAAAAAAAAAUGAUGUGCCUCAGUCUUGUUUGCCACUUCAAAGAUUUCCUUCCUUUUCUUUUUUUUUUUGAGGAGGCGACGCCUAUUUUUUAUUAGGUUCCGAGCACGUUUUCGUGUAGGGAAGGUGCGGAUCCUCGUAGAUUACACCGGGAAGGGUGGACGUCUCUCGUGGCUCGAAGGCUUGGCCAGGAGGAAGCCAGGCUGUUCAAACUACAUUCCGUGAUUGUCGGGCGAGGCUUUGGCGAGGGAGAGCUUUCAUCUCAGCGGCCACCGGCCCAGGAGGGUACAGCCGGGCCAUAACACCACAAGGUAGACAAGCGGGUACUUCUGCUCCAAGCGGAGAAGUCAUUUUUUUUUGUCCCGCCCCUGCUCGCUCUUUUUUCCCCAAUUUCGUUUUGUCCGUUGCACAUCAGAACAACAGAUCCUUCUUUCUUUCUGAAGACCAGUUCCCACUUGGCUCCUAGAACAUGCCUGUCGUGCCCUUUUUUCUUUUCUUUUUUUGUGAACUAUUUGUUUUGGUUGUUACGUCUAGUCAAGUUUGCCUUCGAGGAAAAAAUGUUGCUCAGUUAGCCGUUGACAGUCGACAUGCACGCAGACGCCUUGGACGCUUCGACGGGCGCAGCGUCUGCUAUUCCGGCGCGGAUCGGCCGGAUCGGCCCGGGCAUGACUUCAGGGGGUCGGCGGUCAUCCGGCAGGAGAGACGGAACUCAGUGUGAUUGCCCCGUUCGGCGGCCUCGAAAUUUACUCAGGACAAGCUUUGCCCCAGUGACCCCCCCCCCCCCACUCCCUCCUCCCAUGUCGGAGAAGGUUGCCGGUUUCUCCCAGGAUUACGGUUCGUGCCGUCGAAACCGGUUUCGCGUCGACCUCUGCGUCGCGUUUCGCGAAGUGCCGCCGUGCCCGCGAGAGGAAGAGGAUGGCUGCAACAAUAUUUCUCAUACGGGUUUUUCUUUUCUUUUUUUUUUUUCGUUCCUCGUUCGAUUUUGGUUUCUGUUUUAGUGAGUUCUUUUUUCGUUUUGUGACAACUGUGCCAUCGUUAUGCAGUGGUGCCAAAGACCGGAAGUGUUGUGGUGUGUUUGCCCUUGCUUUGGUUUGUUCUUCACUUGUUUUCUUGUGUUUUUUUUUGUUUAUGUGCUUUAUCUAGCGCACCCAAGUGCAGACUGCAUGUUCAUUCUUCGUCCCCCCCCCCCCCCCCCCCCCCACCCCUUUUAUUCUUAGGCUCUCGUGUGCGACAUCGACACAUUUUAAUUUUGUUCUCUCUCUAGCCAUCCCUCGUAACCCCGCGUUUUGCUUUGCCCGUUUGUUUUACGAUCUGCCACGCAUUGUACGUACGAGGCACCCGCCCGCAUUAUUUAUCGUCGCACGAGGAGCGGGGUGCGAUCCGCGAGUCGCGGACGAAGGAUCGACGCUUGCUCUCGAGCAGUGCCGUUCAUAAGUGCCUCUGACUUCCCUCUCGUCGUUUUUACGUUUGUUUCCCGUUUUACGUCCAGAGUGCGCGGAAGGCCCGUUGCCUCGGUUUCUCGCCUCUUCUCCGAACAGAAAAACGCCCAUCCUCCCCGCAGCUCCAUUUUGUUUUUUUUUUCUUUUUGUGUACAGGCUACAGAACAAAACGUGAAAAAGAAAAAAAAAAAGUAUGGUGUCUGCGGUGUUUCCGAGCUCCCGGGAAACAAGAACCGUGUUCUUGGGCUCGGAUGGGUAUACUCGGAAUUCGUGGGAAUGUGACGCUGGCGGAUGGGACAGAACGGGAAAGUUUGAGAACGCCACGUCACCUUGAUCAAACGACGAUUGAGAAAGACGAAAUUUCUUUUUGAUCCGACGUCGACCUAAGCCUAAUAUCGUUAAAACAAAAAAAACGACACUGUAGGAUCAUGUAGCAUCGGUGAAAAGAAACAAAAAAACCUGAGCAUGAAAGAGGAUAUUGUUUUCUUUCUUGCUGACAAGUUUUUUUCACUGAAAUAGAUGCUACACGCUCCCCCAGUCUCAUUUCUUGUUUUAACGAAAUUAGGCUUAGGUGGACGUCGGCUCGUGGAGAAAUUUCGCUUUUCCCAAUUACCUUUCGAUCCAGGCGACGUCACAUUCUUAAGUUUUGCGUUCCAUCUCAAUCGCCGGGGUCGCACCCUCACGGAUUUGGAGCUUUCUGCGAUGCAUGAUCUGUCCACCCGAGCCGAAAAACACGGUUCUCGUUUCUCGUAAGCUCCCUGCAUAUCCGCAUGUCCGACGUGCUCGUGUGGUCUGGGGCUAUGCCCGCGGCGUCUGUUGGUGCUUUUUUCUCGGGUGGCCUUUGCGGCUAGGACUUUUGUGGCGGCGAGCCGAGCUUCUCGCGUUUUUCUGGGGACCGUCGCUCCACACGUGUUGUCGUUGCUGGCCGACCGGUCGAGAGAGCAUUCCAUGGCUGCCGGGAGUGGGGUCCGUCCCGUUCGAUGUCCUUCUACGGUACGGUGCGGCCUCGCUUGGUCUGGCGGGGGAAAGCUAGAUUGGCACCCGAUUGCUCGGAGACGAUGGCGCAGGCGACGCCGAUCCGGUCGAGCAAUCGAUUGCCCCGUUCCAGUCGGGUUGUCCCGGUUGCGCCUCUUCGCAGUCCCUCGCGCUCCAAGGGGCGAUUCGACCUCAAAAUGCCGGAAGGCCCCGAGUUCACGGAGUGCUUUGCGGGUGCUUCCGGCCGUGCCGACGCUGAAAAUCGGCCGACGUUGUGGUUUUUUCUUUUUCGACGCGACGCCGUAUCUCGGCUACGCCGCAGGAAAGCCUAGCUGGGGGUGGCCGAGGCGGGUUUUCCCGCGAUGCACCGUUCCUCUCGGGAUGGGGGUGUCGGUUGUGCGGCGGCACCGUACCUGUUGGGUUCGUGGCAUGCACUCUAGUUGUUUUUGCCUUGCAGAGUGGCAGGAAGGCACGCAGGGCCGCCCGUAGUUUAUUUGUCAAUACAUUCACCCUUUUAAAAUUUUCGUUUCGGGGGUCGUCCGGUUGUGGACAUGGCGGGCGUGGGUUCGGCAACGGCACGGCCGGGAACUUCCUAGAGAAUUGGAGCGACUGGGUGGGGAAGAAAAUUGCAGAAUUCAAUGCUUUCUUUAUUUUUUUUUUCGAGGCUGCGUCUAUUGCAUUUGACAUUUCUCUUUGUGUUGUGACAUGCUUUUCUGAGUCUGGACUCGCCAGUAGUGAACAAAAACGGACACCAACCACACCGUCGGACGAAUGGAAAGAGGUUAGGAAGCACCUUUGUGGAGGUGAGGCGUAAUCACUGGAGGAAGCGUCUUUGGGAGAAGCUUGGAGGCUGCAUCCCCUCAAGGAAAGCCACGACUGCCCGGCCGGCACAAUCUCUCCUUGGGCCUUGGUUUCGGACAGCACCCCUGCCGCGUUCCAGCGUCGAGAGUGUACUUAAGCGCGAAAGGACGGCUCGCUUUUCGGCUGUGACCCUGCGGACACGAGCAGAAAAAGGAGGGAACGAAGACUUCCCUGGUUUGUGGCCUUUCUCGUGUGCGGCGGCGAAGUAGCGUACUAACAAAGAGGUUUUCGUGGACGCAUUGGCACCUCCUCUAAUUGUUUUAAUUUUGUUUUUCUUCUCCGUGUUUGUCUUUCUGUGUUUGAACCGCAUGACGUGCAUCGGUGCGGCUUGUAUUUAUUUGAGCAGGAAUCGCAGUUGUGCGGAGUGUGUGACAACGACAGUGCUUUUAUUCCCUCUCACGUCCUCAGUUGUACAUAUGCAUUAUAGGACAAUACACCAUUCUGUGUUGGUAUGCGACAUUAUACUGUGUGUGUACAUAUAUGCAUAUAUAUUAUAUAUAUAUGGGAGUCUGAGUGAGGCUCGCGUCAGACUCCAGUGCCAAUAUAAUGCGUCAUAAUAAACCAUUAUUUAUUUCUA